AUGGACUUCGCUCCUCAUAAUCCUGAUAAAUUCUUACAAGAAUUUAGAAGAAUAAGAACGGGAAUUUAUAAUACUCCAGAUGAUACAAUACAGACAAAUCGCCCUCAUUUAAGCCUAUCGAUGAAGAAUUAUAGAAAGCGUGCGCUAGAAGCAGCGUUAUUACCCAUUUUACACUUAACCAGGUAUACGAGGCCCUCCAGACCUCUAAGGAAUGUAACCACAUUUAGACACUAUUCGAACGCAUUUUUUCAAUUUCCCAGAAGUCGAAGAAAGAAGAAAUAUACUCGAUUAGGCCAGGUAUCUACCAAGUUCCCAGUGUUAGAGCUGGAGACUAAUAUAUAA